GUGUGUGUGUAGCCAGGGGCUGGAUUAUGCAGUGGGGAGCGUGUGCAGAGACAGGGGCUGGAUCAUGCAAGGAGAGUGUGUGCAUAGCCAGGGGCUGGAUCCUGCAGUGAAGUGAGGGGGGUGUGUGUAGCUGGAUCGUGCAGUGGGGAGUGUGUGUGUAGCCAGGGGCUGGAUUAUGCAGUGGGGAGCGUGUGCAGAGACAGGGGCUGGAUCGUACAGUAGAGUGGGGAGUGUGUGUGUAGCCAGGGGCUGGAUCAUGCGGUGAAGUGAGGAGUGUGUAUGUUGCCAGGGACUGGAUCGUGCGGUGAAGUGGGGUAUGUGUGUGUGUGUAGCCAGGGGCUGGAUCGCGCAGUGAAGUGGUGUGUGUGUGUGUGUGUGUGUCUGUAGCUGGAUCGUGCUGUGAAGUGGGUGGGGGGCGGUGUAGCCAGGGGCUGGAUCGUGCACACACUCACACAGGCUCCGAAGCUGCCCUGGGAGGAGGGACCCAGCGCUGCAUCCCCGGACAAUGCCCGACCUCCUCAGCCUGCUGCUGGCCGCGCUGUGCCUUUUCCUGGCCGGGUGGCUGCUGCGGAGCCAGCGCUGUCCCGCGGCCCGGCCGGCCGGCAGCUGCAGCCGCUACUCGGCCCCGGGGCGUUGCUUCCAGCUGAAGAAAUGGGCCAUGUGGGGGGUUCUCUCCCUCGCGUUCCGCCGGCGCCGGAGAGCGAGCGGCGCCGCCCGGCGGGCGCAGACAGACACAGGAGCCGGCCGCGGGGCGGAGGAGCGGGAGCGGCUGCAGGGACUGGUCUGCGACGCCCAUGCCCUGGAUUCAGUUUACUUCACUGGGUUUACAGAAACUGACAAGACUUUUGUGAUCAUUCGUCUCGGAAGACGUCUGAAUGGGCUCUGUGAAAUGUGGCUCUUCCUCCGCGUGGAUGGAAUUGGAGAGUUUGAACACCCAGUACAUCCGGACAUGAUGGUGAGCGAUGAAUCUGAAAAAUGCUGGCAUGGUGGAGGGCUGAUGAUUGAGUGCUUACAGCCACACAGAUGCUGGAAAAUAAAAUUCAAUGGACAACUCAGAAAAGGACCGUAUCGGCAUCAGUGGAAUGAAGAGGAGGGUGAACUUGUCCACGUUAAAUUCUCUUUCCACUGGACUUCCUUUUCAGAUAUAUUUGACUUUAACCUUGACAGUCACCCGAAAGCAUUUGCACAUGCCUUUGCUUUGGAAAAGUGGAGUGCAGAAUUCUUCCGGAGAAUCAAAGAAGAUGGGGAACAGCAUUCUCGUUAUGAGCAAUGGGGCCAGUCUAUAGGAGAAAUUGAAAUUGAAGGUCAUGGGAAGAAAGAGGUCUCUCUGAGAGGCGUUCGGAGCCACUCGUAUGGCAUCCGAAACUGGGCUGAGAUUUACCGAUAUGUCAUGAUUUUGAUGCAUUGUGAGGAUGGGACGUCAGCGCACUUAACUAUUAUUUGUAUACCAGCAACUACAACACAUCUCGCUGUAGGUUACGUUCUUUUCCCCGAUGGGAAGAAGGCUGGCAUUGACUGGUCCAGUGCCUCCCUGGCUGAAAUGGCGGAUGAUGGUUUUAUCAGAGAUUUAUACCAAGUCAGUUUCACUGCAGGCGGCCAGUUCUUUGAGGUUUGUGCUGUACUGGACAAGCAGGCUCGCCCUGUGGUAUAUAAUGGUUUAACCGGAACAGGCAUAUUCCAUGAGUGCAUUGCUGAUUUCCAACUGAAUCGGACAGUUCCAGGCUGGGGCUUGGUUGAAUUUUAUUACAGAGAUGCAACUGGACAGCUUAUUCCUAAUUCUGGCUCUACGUUGAAGGAGCCAUCCAUUCCUGCCAGCUCCCAAUUCACUGAAGAGCACUCUCAAUGUACCAGGGACGUGGGGGGCAAAGGAGCCCAGCUAGAUCAGCUCACAUAGUUACAAGAGCAGCUCAGGAACAAGGUGGACCCCAUCUCUGCUUAGAAGUCCUUCUUCCUGGAACAGC